GUCGCAAGUCGCGCAUAUUAUAAUGUGGCAUUGCAUGUGGUGAUGGAUGUGGCAUGGAGCCCCACAAACGUGUCCCGUCCCACACGAGCUCCCCUCCACCGCUGGUGGCCGAUUCAUCUCUUCCCCGGGUUUACCCUAUGCGGUAAUCCCGGAUCAUCAUCGUUGCGCAGGAAGUGUGUCUGUUACUUGUACAACGACUGGCAGCCUCCCUUCUUCUAUACACACAUAGACACACCGCAGCUAUGCCGCCCAUCACGCGCCCCCGUCGCAUCGUCGGCGUCUCGCUGAAAAUGUACUUCGACCUGCCCAGCACCCUAUCCUACGUCCGCGGCGUCUUGCAGCUUGACGGCGACGCCUGGAACUCGCGCAUAGAUCUCUUCGUCAUCCCCGACUUCGUCUCCCUCACCGAAUCUGCCCGCAUCCUCGAGUCUUCAUCCAUCAUGCUUGGCGCUCAAGACACCAUGUGGGAGGACAAGGGCGCAUACACCGGCGAGGUCAGCCCACUGGUGCUGCGCCAGGCAGGUGCGCGCAUAGUAGAGAUUGGACAUGCGGAGCGGAGGGCCAUAUUCGGUGAGACAGACGAGACGGUCGCGAAGAAGGCUGGUGCAGCAGCCAGGAACGGCCUCAUUCCGCUGGUGUGCAUUGGCGAGAAGACGCACCACAGCGUCGCAUCAGCAGCUGUCGGUGCAGCUAUACAAGAGUGCAAGCCCCAGGUCAUGUCAGUGCUGGCUGCGGUCCCGGACGACACUGAGGUAAUUCUGGCCUACGAGCCUGUCUGGGCCAUUGGCGCAAAAGAGCCCGCCGACCCCGACCACGUUGUCAAUGUCACGAAAGAGCUUAGGAAGCUGGCUGCUGGCAGAGUGGGCACCACAAGAAUCGUCUACGGAGGAAGUGCUGGGCCUGGCACCUUUGCAAAGAUUGCCGAAGGGGUAGAUGGCUUAUUCUUGGGUCGUUUCGCGCAUGACAUCAAGAAUCUCAAGAAGGUUAUCGAAGAAGUUGGUGGAGCUUGAGGUCGCUACGGAUGACCAUACAGCUGUUGAAGCUCUCGUUCUUUUUCGCAUUAAUCAUCCAGCGGGAUCGGAGUCGGGGAAGGGGGAUAAGGCGAAGAAGCCAGCCGGGUGAGAUUACUUAUCUUCUCAUCAUCACCAUCCAUCUCGUCAUGCGCUCAGGUAUAAAGAGAAUGACGUGCCGUUCUGGUGCCUUCUCUCAAACUGAUCCAUCUCAUGUUCUCUGAGAGCACGUGCAAUGCACCUUCCUCUUCUAUCAGCACUUCUGUUGACGUUGCAUCAUGUUGACUGGCGCGGAACACAUGUCCAUUCGCAAAGACAGUAACCAACUAAUUGCCGCUGUACGCAAUCUGCUCGACUCGAUCAUCGGUACAUUUCGCGAUCCUGGCGAACGA